AUGGAAAUAUUUCUUGUCUUUGUGGCCCUCUCAUUGCUUUGGCAACUACAUUGGUGGAGGCACAGCGUUAUAGCAAUGCCCAGUAUAAAAGUCCCAAGAAACUAUCACGUACCGUUUCUAUUCAAACCGAAGGUCAUACCCGGUUCUAUCGAGGACCCCAUCAAGCUUUUGAAAAAGGCAGCUGAUACUAAGAACCUACGGUUAGGCAAAACAGUCCAUGCCCAUCUCAUCAUUUCCAGUGAAACUUCUAAAUUCCUUGACAUAUUUCAUGCUAACUCUCUCAUCAACUUAUAUGCAAAAUGUGACCGAAUUACAACUGCCCGCCAUUUGUUUGAAUAUAUGCCCAAGAGAAAUGUGGUAUCUUGGACUGCCUUGAUGGCUGGCUAUUUACAUAAAGGGCUGGCCUUGGAAGUUCUUGGCUUGUUCAAGACUAUGGUAUCUGUGGAUAAUUUGUGCCCGAAUGAAUUUGUUUUUGCGACUGUUCUUUCUUCUUGUUCUGGCAGUGGGAGAGUUGAAGAGGGAAAGCAGUGCCAUGGCUAUGUAUUGAAGUCUGGAUUGUUGUCUUAUCAGUAUGUUAAGAAUGCACUAGUUCACAUGUAUUCAAGUUGUUCAGAAGUGGAAGCGGCUAUGAGGGUUCUGAACACUGUGCCAGGUGAUGAUAUUCUUUCGUAUAAUUCGGUUGUAAAUGGGCUCUUAGAACAUGGGCAUGUGAAGGAAGCAAUGGAUAUUUUGGAUAUGAUGAUAGGUCAGUGCAAGGCUUGGGACAAUGUUACAUAUAUUACCAUUUUUGGCGUUUGUGCCCAUCUUAAAGAUUUGAUAUUGGGUCUGCAAGUUCACAGCCAACUGUUGAAGACAGAUAUCGACUGUGAUGUCUUUCUAAGUAGUGCAAUGAUUGACAUGUAUGGGAAAUGUGGUAAGGUUUUGAAUGCAUUGAAAGUUUUUGAUGGCUUGCAAACUCAGAACAUAGUCUCCUGGACUGCAAUCAUGGCCGCUUAUUUCCAAAAUGGGUACUUUGAGGAAGCAUUAGGUCUAUUGUCACAGAUGGAAUUUGAAGAUAUUCUUCCAAAUGAAUAUACUUUUGCUGUCUUGCUUAACUCAUGUGCAGGUUUGUCUGCACUAAGACAUGGAGAUCUAUUGCAUGCCAGUGUUGAGAAGUCGGGUUUCAAAGACCAUGCCAUUGUGGGGAAUGCUUUGGUCAAUAUGUAUUCAAAGUGUGGCAACAUUCAAGCAGCAAAUGACGUGUUCUUGGAUAUGACAUCUCGAGACGCUGUUACCUGGAAUGCAAUGAUAUCUGGAUUUUCCCAUCAUGGGCUUGGUAAGGAAGCGCUGAAUGUGUUUCAAGAUAUGUUGGAAGCAGGAGAGCGUCCUAACAAUAUUACUUUUGUUGGUGUUCUCUCGGCUUGUGCUCAUUUGGGUCUGGUGCAAGAAGGAUUCUACUAUUUGAACCAGCUAAUGAAACAGAUUGGCAUUGAACCCGGACUAGAGCAUCAUACUUGUAUUGUAGGGCUCCUCAGUAGGGCUGGACAACUUGAUCAAGCUGAGAAAUAUAUGAGGACUAUGCCAGUCAAGUGGGACAUUGUUGCCUGGCGAAGUUUGCUCAAUGCUUGUCAUGUACAUAAAAGUUAUGGCUUAGGUAAGCGAGUAGCAGAGGUUGUUGUGCAAAUGGACCCUAAUGAUGUGGGAACAUAUACACUAUUGUCAAAUAUGUAUGCCAAGGCAAAGAGGUGGGAUCGAGUUGUGCAGAUCCGGAAAUUGAUGAGGGAAAAGAAUAUCAAGAAAGAACCUGGGGUGAGCUGGGUAGAGAUAAGAAAUACUACCCAUAUCUUUGUUUCGGAUGAUAACAUACACCCAGAGUCCAGUCAGAUACAUGAAAAAGUUGGGGAAUUGUUGGCAAAGAUUAAACUAUUGGGAUACGUGCCAGAUAUUGCUGCAGUGCUACAUGAUGUGGAGGAUGAGCAAAAGGAAGAUUAUCUUAGUUAUCACAGCGAGAAGCUUGCAAUAGCAUACGCCCUCAUGAAAACACCUACAGAAGCGCCCAUUCGUGUUAUUAAGAACCUCAGGAUAUGUGAUGAUUGCCAUGCUGCUGUGAAACUUAUUUCAAAGGUCACAAACAGGUUGAUAAUUGUUAGAGAUGCCAAUCGAUUCCAUCAAUUUCAGGAUGGUAAAUGCUCUUGUGCAGAUUACUGGUGAUAAUGAUGACAGUUUUAAUAAAGUGGAUUUCCAGAGAAGGAACUUACAUCUUAUGGGUCAUAGCCGUAUAAGCCUCCAUGGCAGCCAUGCUGAGCAUGCUGUGCAGAGGUUCAUGCUGUGUUAAGACAUCCAGCAGAGAGGCUUUAUUUAAUCACCUGAUUUUGCUCCUAGAGUCCAAUGCAAAAUCAAGUCUAAUGUAAAGGCAGUUUCAGAAUAUAGAGCGGGGACUAAUUUUUCUUCACUCUACUAACUAUCGAUCAAACUUGGAGCUCAGCUACUUUGUUGUAUUUUAUUGCCUGUCAGCUUAUGUUGUAUACUCUAGUCUAUCAAGACAGCAUCAAAGUUUCUUGUAUAGCAGCUCUCAGAAGUUGGUUCUUUUGUUCUUUUUGAUAUGGUAUCUGAUGAUGUACGUCAACUUUUCUCAGCUAGUAAUACAGUAUGGGCAUGCUUGAUUUAGCAUGUUUAAAAUUCAUUUUUCUGUAUUG